AUGGUUAAUGAAGAUAUCCUUACUCAGCCAUUUCUGAGAGGGCCAACUGAUCCAUUAAUCCUUAAAAGUUUUAAAAGUCAUGUUGCCACAACUAUUUGGAAUGGUGCUGAUGAAAAGGGACCCUCAAAGUGUCAUAAUCACUCGUCUAAGAUUCGUUCGUGGCUGUGGUGGGAACAAGGAAACAACGCUACAUUUGUAAACAUUGUAGAGAUGUCAGGACUUGCACAAUUAGCUUGUUGCACGUACUGUUUUCUCAACAAAAUUAUAGUAUCUAGUUUUGUUGAGAGAUGGCAACUGGAGACAAACACCUUCCAUUUGACUGUUGGAGAGAUAACUAUCACAUUGGACAAUGUCGCCACUAUCCUAGGGCUUCCCAUUGUAGGCAAAUCUAUUAGUGUGCGUAAGUUGCUAGAAAUGAGGGUCAUUGCAUUAGUAGUUAAUACCUUGGAAAUUGAUGAGCAAGAGGUCAGACAUGAGAUGUCUAGUGCUGGAGGCAAUUCAGUGAGGCUUGAGUGGUUGAAGGCACACUUUCAUAAUGUCACAAACAAUGAUUUAAUGGAAAGAAUAGUAUGUGCAGGUAGAGCAUACUUGCUAUUUUUGUUAGGUUGUACACUUUUCAGUAACAAGACUUGUACUAGGGUCCCCAUUGUUUAUUUGAGUUUGUUGUCCGAUUUGACAACUAUAUCUUCAUAUGCUUGGGGUGCUGCUACAUUGGCAUACUUAUAUAGACAGAUGGGGUACGCUAGCAGGUCCGACAUGAAACAAAUAGUCGGUUACAUGACACUCCUUGACGGAUGGAUUUAUGAGCAUUUUCGUGGAUUCUGA